AUGUCUCAACAUACAAACAAUUGGCCGCGGCCACACAGAGCUGGGUAUUCUCCCGGAGGCCAAGAGCCCUACUACCCACAAACAUACGGACAUGGAGAUUCUCGGCGACAGGAGAACUCGAGCUAUGCCUCUAACUACGAGGGGGUUAUCGGAGAUAACGGGAGCGUCGACCGCGGUGAUGCAGGUGCUAGCUAUCAUAGGGACAUGACCGCCUUUGCGGCGUAUCCCAUUCAUAGUCAGAUAGCAUCCUCAGCCACAUGGAAUCAAACGGGCCACCCGGAUUUCUUACACCCGUCGCCGGCUCUAUCUCCAAAUCACUUUGAUGCCUGGCAAAGCUGCAUGGAAACAGAUACGAGACAUUCCAGCCAUGAGAACCAGGGAAGCAAUUAUCAACUGAGCUCAAGGGCAAUUAAUACCUACGGAGAACGGGGAUUAUUGAAACGGGGAAUCGACUUGAACACCCAUGCCGCCGUAUAUAUGAGGGGGAGUGAGCCCGCCCCUAAUGACCCAACGCGUGUACCAGGGCUGCCCCCUAUCAUGAUAAACCCUUACAGCCCAAGAGAACAACUCCACAGUAAAUCUUAUCUGAACUUUGGAAAGGUCUUUACCGUUGAUCACAAUAUCAAGGUGAAGCCCGUUGGCCAUGUCAGUGAAGAGUCUAUGAGAACAUUCCGACGUGCUUGGAGGCGGAGCGUUGACCUGAAUGAAAACGACGAGUAUAACGAUUUUGAGCCCCGCGAUAGCGAUACUACCAAUUCCUAUCGCUGA